AUCCUGGAAUGUACCAAAUCCGUGGAUGCAGUGAGACAAGAGAGAAACAAUUAUUCCCGAAAUCAAAGCCGGUCCACCGAGCACAAAACAAACAGGUUUCCAUACUGUCUGAAACGCGUGUUAAUUUACAGCGAAUCAUUUUAACAGACCUUGUGAGAGGAUUUUAGUUUUUGGAUACUGCUGCAAACAUAUCAAGAAAACAUCACACACCACCCCCUCAGAAGAUCAGGAAGUGUACUCUCCGUGCGCGGCUCGCGUUUAGUGAAUCAGCUGAGUUUGGGGAUUCCAACAGAUUGCGUUUAUCACAAUCUGUCGUUUUGAGAUGGAGGAACACACCCUUGACCAACUCUUUAGUUGACGGUUUCUCUAAACAGUUGCAGAAAAGGCGCCUCACCACAUACCAGUUCCGUCGUUUUUUUCUUGCCCAGGGAAAUUUAUUGGACGCAAGUGAACGGUCAUCUCCAACCAGAGCUUGUUUUGCAGUUGACACAUGCUGAGCAUGCUGGGACGUGAGUGAGGCAUCAUGGAUCCCGAGGAGCAGGAGCUGCAAAACGAUUACCGUUACCGUAGUUACGCGGCGGUCAUUGAGAAGGCCCUGCGGAACUUUGAGUCGUCCAGCGAGUGGGCCGACCUCAUCUCGUCCUUGGGCAAGCUCAAUAAGGCACUGCAAAGUAACCUGCGCUACUCUUUGUUGCCCAAGAGGCUGAUUAUUGGGAAGCGUCUCGCCCAGUGUUUGCACCCAGCCCUGCCCAGCGGUGUGCACCUUAAAGCCCUGGAAACCUAUGAGAUCAUCUUCAAGAUCAUCGGAACCAAAUGGCUGGCCAAGGACCUCUUCAUCUACAGCUCUGGGCUGUUCCCGUUGCUGGGCCAUGCUGCGAUGGCGGUGAAGCCGGCCCUGCUGACCCUGUAUGAGCGCUACUACCUCCCCUUACAGAGGGCACUACUCCCCAGCCUGCAGGCCUUCAUCACUGGACUCCUGCCUGGCCUGGAGGAGGGCGCUGAUGUCUACGACCGGACCGACGCGCUGCUGCUGAGGCUGUCUGUGCUGGUUGGCCAGCAGGUGUUCUACGGCGCUCUGUGGGGCAGUGUGCUGGUCAGCCCGGUGGUCCGCCUGCCGGCGUCCCUCUUCGUCGUCACGCACUUUGACCGCCUCGCGCCCCCUCGUCGGCAGACACACAUGCUGGGCUACGACAACCGCCUGCUGGUGAAGGCGCUCUGUCUGUCCCUGCAUGAUUCCAAUGUUCUGGUGCAGAGGAAUGUGCUGGAGAUCCUGCUCUACUUCUUCCCCUUGGCCACCUGCCUGGACCCGACAGAGAGCAGUAUCCCCAUGACCAGGCAAGACACAGUCACAGUGGUGUCGGCCGCUUGUCUCACACUGCUCCGCAGAGACAUGUCCCUGAACAGACGUCUCUACGCCUGGUUGCUAGGCACAGACAUUAAAGGGGGUAUGGUCGCUGCAGAUCCAGACCAAUCCAUUUCCAUGGAGGAACACACAGCCUACUACUUUAACACCUACUCCAGACAACUCCUGGUGCAGGCUUUGAUCAACAUCCUGAAACAGAAGGAUGUGGAGGCGGACCCGGAGAGUGUGAUUUAUUAUCUCAGACCCUUCCGUUUAAUCAUUAGCCUCUUGGAUAAACCAGAGAUCGGUCCUCUGGUGGUGGGCAGUGUGUUAUUGGAGGCAGUCCGGGCGUUUUACAGCUACUGCAGGGAGAUGCUGGGCGAGGGGACCAUCGUCAGAACGGGCCUGUCAGGCAACCAGCUAGUGAGUAAAAUAAAAGAGAACAAGAACGCGUCAGAGAUCAUAAAGACAGUGAACAUGCUGGUGAGCUCCAUGAACAGUGAAUUCCUGUGGGACUACAUGACCGGCCACUUCUGCACCUGCUUCAGCAACCCAACUGACCCUCCCCCGGAUCAGAGUACCUGCCCUGCCCCCUCUGUGACAGAGAUCUCCACGCUUAUCAUUUUCCUUCUGGAUGUCAUCCCACUGGAGCUCCAUGCCGACAUCCAGUCUCAGUUCCUGCCCCAGAUGCUGGGCCGCAUGCUGCAGGCGAUCCGCGCGGACGUGAUCUCCCUGGAGCCGUCUGAGCUCACACAGGGCCUGCGUGCAUGCUUCAAGGUGCUGAGUAAGAUCCAGAUGCCGGUGGCUUAUAUGGACGCGGAGGCGCGGACACAGGAGGUGGAAGCACUGGCACAAGAGGAGAGCUUUGAACAUGUUCAGAUACAGGAUGUAGAAAAAGAGAGGAAUGAGGAAAAAGAGAAGGACGAAGAGCGUGAUCAGUUCAACGGUGACCAUGACAAAGCGGAACCGGAGGAAGAGCCCGAGCUGAAUGGAGCGGAGCGAGACACUGGCCCUGGAGAGGGAGAAGAAGCCUUCCUGCCCCUUCGGUCGGAAGACAGCGGAUUGGGCAUCAGUGCCUCGCCAUCGGAGCAGCAGCUCCUCCCAGGGGUGGCCGUUAGCGCCGGGGGGGAGGCGUGGAUUGUCAAGGAGGGCGUGUGGAGGAAGGGGGGCGUGGUGGAAACCAUGACCCAGUGUCUCCUAGACAUCCUGACCUUCGUCAGCACCAGGUACCUACUGGUUCAGGUGGAGGAAGUCAGAGGGACGGAGGAGGUUGUGCAGCCUCACCCCACCGCCCCCUUACCCGAUCAAAAGUCCUCACUCCCGGAGGGCCUUCAUAUCAAAGGCAAACCGUCCUCCAGUCCAGGGGCCCCUAUCUCCGACCCCCCUGUCCAAGGGCUCCCCGCGGAGAGGAAGAAGGGACGAAGGGGCCCGGGGAGAGGGGUGGACUGGGGUGCCGGUUACAUGCCCCGGGGCAGGUCAGAGAUUUCGGAGGAGUGCCGCCAGGCGUUUAUGGCUCUCUGUCAUCUGCUGUUGGAGUGCACCACCUUUCCCCUGUACCUCAGCGAGGAGGAGAGCCAGGGACUCUACAGUCACAUGUUCAACCACACAGGCAGUGACGUGGACAGCCUGCCCAUGUGGCUGAGGUCCUUGAUGACCCUGUGUUGCCUGUCGAGGGACUACCAGGUGCAGCACACGGCUGUGUCCUCCCUGCUGGAGCUAAUCAACCACUCCCAGUCCCUGGCCCUGGUCAUACAGGACAAGACUAGGCGCUACCAGUCCAGCGGCGCCAACCCCCUCAGCGGGCAGCUACAGAUGGUCACAGUGCCCCUCAUCUACCCUGGGCUGCUUAAUGUCAUCGAGCAGUGCACAGACUUCUACCAGCGGGUGGCUCAGGUGCUGUGGGCUCAGCUGGAUGUGGAGCGUCGAGAGCAGCACACCUCGUGUGUGGAGCUUUUCUAUCGGCUCCACUGCCUGGCGCCCUCCGCAUCCAUCUGUGAGGACAUCAUCUGUCAGGCUUUGCUACACAGAGACAAGACCGUACGAUUGGAAGCUCUACACAGGUUCUCAUUGCUGUGGCACCUCACCAGGGAGAUUCAUUCAAACCGGACCAUGUCUCUGAACCGCUCCUUUGACCGGUCUCUGUGUGUAGUGAUGGACUGUCUGAACAGCCCAGAUGGCUCUGUGAGUGCUGCAGCCCAGUGCUGGCUGGUCAGGGCUCUCUCCCUGCAGGACGUGGUCCGAAUCCUGGAGCCUGUUCUCCUUCUGCUCCUCCACCCCUCAACCCAGCGCUGCACCAUCCAGACCGUCAAACAGAACCUCACCACAGGGAAUCUGAAAAAUGUAAACAGCAGAGGUCAAAGCACUGCAAAGUGUUCUGCGGACGCCAUACAACCAGAUGUGGGUACUCAGGGUCACAUGAUCCUGGUGGACCGGGAGGCCAUGUGGGAGGAGCUAGAGCUAGAGCCAGAGACCAUACCACUGGCCAACUCCACCGGGUUGUCUGGGAGCGACAGUGAAGCCACCGAGGGGGAAGACGAACCGGACGAAGAGGAGGACAGCGAACACACAGAGUCAGCAGACUCCAGCGGCGCCCAGAUCUCCACAGAGAACUCCACCUCCGGCUCUGCCACUUUUGGUUGUAGCUUAGAGGAUGGAGGCGUGGCAAACCUUCUCAGGAGGGUGGAGUCUGAACACACGCAAGUGUCGGAUUCGCUCUCGAGUGAGGAAGAGGAGGACCUGGAGCUGGAAGCCAUGGCUCGGUCACGUCUCCUCAAACAGGAACGCGAAAAGAGGGAAGCCAUUGACUCCCUCUUCCGCCAUGUUCUGCUGUACUCUGUGCCUGGGGGCGGGGCACAUCUGCUUCACGGCUUGGCUCUCCUGGACAGCCUGCUGAGGAGCAGCGCCCAGCGGCCUCUGGUGGAAGCCCUCUCCUCCACCUCCCUGGAUACCAGCUCAGCCGCCCACCUCAACCUGGUCUCCAAUCUGCUCCAGCGCCACCAGCAGGCCCAGGAUGGAAGAGGCUUCUAUGGCCGCCUGCUCUCGGCCUCCUCCUCACCCUCCGUCCCCCCGGCCCUGCUCAUCGAGCUCCUGGUGUCCCUGUGCCUGAGGUUCCUCCGCUCCCACUUCCCGUCCUACCUCACCCUGGGCCCCAGGGAGCUGCAGUGGAACCGGGAGGUCCAGGUGAAGAGCGUGGGGGUUCUGACCCGGCUGGUGACGGAGCUGGGCGGCGUGGCGCGAGGCCAGGGCGAGGCCACGGUCCGACUCGAGGCCAUCCGGAGGCUGCUGGCCAGUUGCAAGGUGCAGCAGUACAGCCUCCUCACCCUGUCGGCCUCCAUGUAUGUCAGCCAGAGAGGAGCGGACAAGGGCCCCGCCGCGGCGGACCUGGACCUGCUGGACGACCAGGGGGCGCUGUCCGAGGAGAGCCUGGUGAAUGUGGGCGGCGGCGGGGGCCAGGAGCAGUAUCCGUUGCAGAUGGAGCUGCUCAAGCUCCUACAGGCCCUCAUCGUCCUGGAGUACCACGUGUGGCCGGGGGGGGCGGGUUCGACCCUCCACCCCGACGAGCACUGCGAGGCCCCCCCGCUUUCGCCGGCCUCCUCGUCGCUGGCGCGGGAGUGGCAGACGGCCGUGCUAUUCCAGCAGUCCAUCAGGGCGGCGCAGUACGUCCAGACCCAGCCCAUCACAGCCCAGGGGAUGUUUGUUUCGGCCGCCGCCAGGGCCCUGCAGCCACAGUACGGCUACGCCAUGCACCCCCACUGGGUGGCGCUGCUGUGCUCGUCCCUGCCCUACCUGGGGCGCUCGCUGGGCAUCAUCGUGGCGCCGCUCAUCAGCCAGAUCUGCCGGAACCUGGAGGAGCUGGUCAGGCAGUACGACCACGACGGGGCCAAGGCCACACAGGGCCUGGGCAUCAGGAAGGAGAACAUCGCUCCGGAUUAUCCUCUCACCCUCCUGGAGGGUCUGACCACACUGACUCACCACUGUCUGCUGGACAACAAGAAGUCCCUGGUGACCUGCGACCCCGGAGACGUGCGCAACGCCCGCAACGCGGUGAUUGAGGAGCUCCCGUACAUGUUCAGCAGCAUGGCUCUGCUGUGGGGCGUGGUCAAGCGGGAGGAGUCCCAGAGCAGGGGGUUGGAGUACGCCCGCAACACCAGCCACGGCUCUACCUCCGUCUACUUCAAGAGCUACAAGAUCCUGAAGCAGCGUGUGUUGGACUUCCUGGCUCCUCUGACCGGCCAGUACGGAGUGCAGCUGAUGGCCUCUGUGGGAGCCGUGUGGAGCAGCCGGAGGAACAAGAGGAGACACACCAAAAACAAGAUCUUGCCUGUGGCCAGUGAGUCUCGUCUGAUCAUCGUGGAUCUGGUGAAGUCCCUGGGCACGCUGCGCACAGACAGCAUCCUACAGAUGGUCAAAGAGGUGGUGAAGAAACCUCACCAGAUCAAAGGAGACCAGAAGUCAACCUUGGUAGACAUCCCCAUGCUCCAGUUCAGCUACGCUUACAUCCAGAGUAUUCCAGCUCAGGCGCUCCAGGAGAACGUGGCGCCCCUCCUCGCUCUUCUCAGAGAGUCAGUGCAGCUCAACCUGGCCCCCCCUGGACACUUCCUGCUGUUGGGGAUCCUCAAUGACUUUGUAAACCGGCUCCCCAACAUGGACAAUAAGAAGGACACUAAAGACAUGCAGGAGGUGACCCAGAAGAUUCUAGAGGCGGUAGGCGGGGUGGCGGGGUCUUCUCUGGAGCAGACCAGCUGGCUCAGCCGAAACCUGGAGGUCAAAAAUCAGCCGCAAGUUUGUCCUGAGACAGAGGAGCCAUCUGAUGAGCUGGACCUGGACCUCUACGACUCCGUGGCUCAGUCCAACACCAUGGUCUCCUCUUCAGCUCCUUCCGUGUACAGUGUACAAGCCCUGGCGCUGCUGGCGGAGGUUCUAGCCCCACUCCUGGACAUGGUGUAUCGCAGUGACGAGAAGGAGAAAGCCGUCCCGCUCAUUUCUCGCCUCAUGUACUACGUCUUCCCCUACCUGAAGAACCACAGUGCCUACAACAUGCCCAGUUUUGGUGCAGGUGCCCAGCUCCUGAGCAGUCUGAGUGGGUACGCCUACACCAAGAGGGCCUGGAAGAAAGAGGCCUUCGAACUCUACAUGGACCCCCUCUUCUUCACCAUGGAUGUGUCCUGUGCCCCCCACUGGAGGUCAAUCAUUGACCACCUACUUACCCACGAGAAGACCAUGUUCAAAGACCUCAUGAGCAUGCAAAGCAGUUCUCUGAAGCUGUUCCCCAGUGCGGAGCAGAAGCCCAUGUUACUGAAGCGUCAAGCCUUUGCCAUGUUCAGUGGAGAACUAGACCAGUACCAUCUUUACCUGCCCCUCAUCCAAGAGCGGUUGACAGAGGCUCUGCGUGUGGGUCAGACACCCUCAGUUACUGCUCAGAUUUUCCUGACGUUCCGUGUUCUGGUGCUCCGGAUCUCCCCCCAGCACCUCACUUCCCUCUGGCCAAUCAUGGUCACAGAACUGAUUCGCACAUUUGUUCGUUUGGAGAAAGCCUUGUCAGAAGAGAAAGAGGUGUCAAAGUUGACUAAAGUCGUGCGUGGCACCAUGGGAAGCGUGGCGCUGAAUUUCCCCCAGUCAGAGAUGGACAUGUACCUGUCUGCCUGCAAGUUCCUGGACACGGCCUUGGCCUUCCCCCCAGAGAAGAUACCCCUGUUUCAAAUGUAUCGCUGGGCCUUUGUUCCAGAGGUAGAUAUAAGUCGCUACAGUGGCCCAGAGAAUGGCCUCCUCGAGGAGGAGCAGGAGUGCAAACCCCAUAUUGUUAGAGUACUAGAAGCAUUAAACCAACGCUAUGGGGAGCUGAACGGGCUGAGUGAGGAGUCAUCCACAGAGCGUCUGGAGUUCCCCCUCCUCACCCUUCGCUCGCUUUCGUCCAUCACCCAGCUGGUUCCUUUCCUCCGUACCCUAUGCUGUUCCUUUCAGGGAACGUCACCCGGCAGCCACAUGGACCACCCUGUGGCAGAGUAUCCCGCAGCAAGCACAGACCAAGUCCUGAGGAGACUGGAGCACAUCACUGAGGAAGAGUUCCUGGACUCCAUGGAGAAUUAGAUCUCCAGCAAAGUGCUAUGGGGCCACAAGGCUGUACAGGCCGGGGACACUGAGGAACUGAAAAUUGGAACCAUAUAAAUGAAAUGUGUAAACUGGGCAGAACCACUAAAAGCGAUGUUGUAUUGUAAGCGUGUGCCAGGAAAACGGCAAUCUUAUAGAAUGUAUUUUCUGUUGAAUUGUUCACCAUACCUCGGUGAGUCUUAACAUGCCAUGUCUGUAGAGGAUAUUCUAAAUUUGAGAAACUCUAAAAUAAUCUACAAUGUACAGACUUACUUAAGCUAGAACGGAAUGGUAGCUUUUGGCCUGUCGGAGUACAAGGCUGAAUGCGUUGACGUGAAGGUAGGCUUGGCCAAAUCAUGUUGCACCAAUGAUGAUGCAGAUAUUGAGAAGAGCAAGAUGCCAGAGUUUGCUCUCCUACAGUCACACGUUUUGCACAAGUGCACAGGUUCCUGUCAAGCUGUUUCCGUGUGGUAGCCACAGAAACAAAACAGAGGAGGAGUGCUGCGUAGCAGUUCAACACUCUUAGUUGUUGCUGACAGACCCACAAUGCUCUUCAAUUUCUACAUUAUCAAUAUUUUGCUCAGUCAACCUUUAAACAAAGAGUAGCAAUAAAGGGACAAUAGUAAACACUAGUAAAGUGACAGUAGUUCUGACUAGGGACUCUUUUCCAUCACUCUAGAAAGUUAUGCAUAAACCUACUCCUCCAUAUUGGCAUAUUCUGUCUAUCUUUCUAUCUGAAUAUAAUUAAUUCGAAUGAGACAGGAGUAGGUGAGGAUACUUGCUGGUCAGUGAUUACAGGACCUUUAAUGCUCUUAAUAGAGGAUGGUUAUUUUCUUUUAUGUUUAAAAGGCUCGACAUCAUGAUGUCACAGUUUUAUUUGUUGGUAAAUUAUUGAAUGUGAUCUAUGUAAACAGCAAAACCUCUAUCCUAUGUAAGUGAAAUAACAUGGCUUUCAUUUUGGUAUUUUAUUUAAGGGAAAUCUUUGACUUUUGUCUGUUUUAGUCACAGUUUUAAUCUUCACGUGUGAAUGCUUAACUAAAUAAUGUGAAGAUCUGGUCUUCUGAAAAGGAUUAUUUGUUAAUAUCAGAAUUAAUAUAUCUGUAAAUAAAAACCAACUUUUAAGAAUGAUUCAGUAAAUGGAGCUCAACUUAAAUUGUACGUUUGCUUAAUAGAGUCUUAGAGACCGAAACCUCAAGGUCAAUAACAUGAACAUUGCAGGUGAUAACUGUUCUGGAGAAGCAGAUGUUUAUGUGCUCUGUGAUGACGCCAGCAUGUCUCUUUUUAAUAAAUAUCAAUUGGUUCAUGAAUAAACAGAUACAUUAUGUUA